CUAUCCAUGGUUUGGCGUCUGAGAAUGCAGAGAGUCUAAUAAUAAUAAAAAUAAUGUUCAUCAACGCCAAACACAAAUAGACUCCCUUUUCCUUGCUCGAUCUAUUCGCAUUCCAAAAUCCCAAAAGGUGAACAUAACCACCCUGCCUGCCUGGGGCCUGAGCUCAUAUUUCUGGUCUUUCAAUAUUUCAUCCAUCCAUCUUUAAGCCGAAAAAUUGAUUUCUUUCUUUCUUUCUUUGAUUGAGUUUGUUUUGAUGGGACUUUGUUGGAGCAAUCGAAUCAAGUCUUAUACUUGUUCUAAUACGGGUUUGAGUUCAAAAUGCGGAAGCAGAAAUGGGAAAACUUUGAGUAGUUCUAGUAGCAAAGUGUCGAUAGUUUCUGUACCCCAAACACCUCGGAGUGAGGGUGAAAUCUUGCAGUCUUCGAAUUUAAAGAUCUUUACCUUCGGUGAGCUGAAGACUGCCACUAGAAAUUUCCGACCAGACAGUGUAUUAGGAGAAGGUGGUUUUGGGUCAGUUUUUAAAGGGUGGGUUGAUGAACACUCACUUGCAGCUACCAGACCAGGCACCGGUAUGGUGAUUGCUGUGAAGAGGCUAAACCAAGAAGGGUUCCAGGGUCACAGGGAAUGGCUGGCAGAAAUCAACUAUCUUGGGCAAUUCCAACACCCUAAUCUUGUUAAGUUGAUUGGUUACUGCUUAGAGGAUGACCAUCGUCUUCUGGUUUAUGAAUUCAUGCCCCGUGGCAGCAUGGAAAACCAUUUAUUCAGGAGAGGGUCUCACUUCCAGCCACUUUCCUGGAACAUUCGAAUGAAAGUUGCACUUGGUGCUGCAAGGGGGCUUGCCUUUCUUCACAGUGCUGACGCAAAAGUCAUAUAUCGUGACUUCAAGACGUCUAACAUCCUACUUGAUUCGAACUACAAUGCAAAGCUUUCUGAUUUCGGUUUAGCCAGGGAUGGACCAACUGGCGAUAAUAGUCAUGUAUCUACUAGGGUGAUGGGAACCCAUGGAUAUGCAGCACCAGAGUAUUUAGCCACAGGUCAUUUGACUCCAAAGAGCGAUGUAUACAGCUUUGGAGUUGUACUUCUGGAAAUGUUAUCUGGUCGACGGGCUAUAGACAAGAACCGGCCAUCUGGUCAGCACAACCUGGUGGAAUGGGCCAAACCUUACCUGACAAACAAGCGUAGAGUUUUCCGUGUUCUGGAUACACGUCUUGAAGGCCAGUAUGUACCCAGUCGGGCUCAAAAGCUUUCUAACCUUGCACUUCAAUGCUUAGCUGUGGAACCGAAGUUCAGGCCAAAUAUGGAUGAGGUGGUAAUGGUGUUAGAGCAGCUUCAAGAACAAGUAAAGGACAUACCAAAAAUUUCCCAUAAAGAGCACAAUUUAAAAGUUCGUGGGGGUGCCAAUGGUGGACAGAUUGCUUAUCCCAGGCCUUCGGCAUCCCCACUUUAUGCAUAAGAGAGUAAAAUUUUUGAAGUUGUUAAUAUGCUGUCGUUUUAGAGUGUGAACAGGUUUUCUUGAGUUGAGGCAUGUGUGCUAAAACCAUGCUUGUUCAAGGAGUGUACAGAUUUGUUUUGCUUUUUGCGUAAAGUAUUUAAGGUUCCAUGCAUUGUCUUUUGGCGAACAGAAGUCAGAAUCAUGGAAUCCACAUAGAUUUGGAUGAUGCUGCGAUAUUGUUAUACCUGCAAGCAGCUGCAGAAAUGCCGAGUUCAUGAAAAAUAUGGUUGAGCUUA